AUGGCGGCCCUUCCCGGCACCGUACCGAGAAUGAUGCGGCCAGCUCCGGGGCAGAACUACCCUCGCACGGGAUUCCCUUUGGAAGUGUCCACCCCGCUUGGCCAAGGUCGGGUCAAUCAGCUGGGAGGGGUCUUCAUCAACGGGCGGCCGCUGCCCAACCACAUCCGCCACAAGAUCGUGGAGAUGGCCCACCAUGGCAUCCGGCCCUGCGUCAUCUCCCGCCAGCUGCGUGUCUCCCACGGCUGCGUCUCCAAGAUUCUCUGCCGCUACCAGGAGACCGGGUCCAUCCGGCCUGGGGCCAUCGGCGGCAGCAAGCCCAGACAGGUGGCGACUCCGGAUGUGGAGAAAAAGAUCGAGGAGUACAAGAGGGAAAACCCAGGCAUGUUCAGCUGGGAGAUCCGGGACCGGCUGCUGAAGGACGGGCACUGUGACCGAAGCACUGUGCCCUCAGGUUUAGUGAGCUCGAUUAGCCGCGUGCUCAGAAUCAAGUUCGGGAAGAAAGAGGAGGAGGAUGAAGCAGAGAAGAAGGAGGACGACGGCGAGAAGAAGGCCAAACACAGCAUCGACGGCAUCUUGGGCGAUAAAGGGAACCGGCUGGACGAAGGCUCGGACGUGGAGUCGGAACCGGACCUCCCGCUGAAGCGCAAACAGCGCCGCAGUCGGACCACGUUCACGGCCGAGCAGCUGGAGGAGCUGGAGAAGGCCUUCGAGAGGACCCACUACCCGGACAUCUACACCCGUGAGGAGCUGGCGCAGAGGACCAAGCUGACCGAGGCGCGUGUGCAGGUCUGGUUCAGCAACCGGCGCGCCCGUUGGCGUAAGCAGGCAGGAGCCAACCAGCUGGCAGCAUUCAACCACCUGCUGCCAGGAGGCUUCCCGCCCACUGGCAUGCCCACGCUGCCCCCCUACCAGCUGCCGGACUCUACCUACUCCACCACCACCAUCUCCCAAGAUGGGGGCAGCACUGUGCACCGGCCCCAGCCCCUGCCACCGUCCACCAUGCACCAGGGCGGGCUGGCUGCAGCGGCUGCAGCCGCCGACACCAGCUCUGCCUACGGGGCCCGCCACAGCUUCUCCAGCUACUCUGACAGCUUCAUGAACCCGGCGGCGUCCUCCAACCACAUGAACCCGGUCAGCAACGGCCUGAGUCCUCAGGUGAUGAGUAUCUUGAGCAACCCCAGUGCGGUGCCCCCGCAGCCACAGGCCGACUUCUCCAUCUCGCCGCUGCACGGAGGCCUGGACCCGGCCACCUCCAUCUCAGCCAGCUGCAGCCAGCGGGCCGACUCCAUCAAGCCCGGAGACAGCCUGCCCACCUCCCAGGCCUACUGCCCACCCACCUACAGCACCACCGGCUACAGCGUGGACCCCGUGGCCGGCUAUCAGUACGGCCAGUAUGGCCAGACUGCUGUUGAUUACCUGGCCAAAAACGUGAGCCUCUCCACCCAGCGUCGCAUGAAGCUCGGGGAGCACUCUGCUGUGCUGGGACUCCUGCCUGUGGAAACUGGACAGGCCUACUAG